AUGCUCUACAAGCGGGAAACUUUGGAUCAUUCUAAAGUGAAAGGGAAGAUCUUGGUUUGCUUGAGAGGGGGUUCUUCGAGAAUUGACAAAGAAAUGCAAGUCGUACUCGCCGGUGCCGUCAAAAUGAUUCUCUGCAAUGAUAGGCUUAGUGGAUUUGAAAUCAUCGCCGAUUUCCAUGUUCUUCUAGCUUCCCGUAUCAAUUACAAUGAAGGCCAACCGGACGUGACAGCCUCGGGAGUGAACAUAAUCAUGGCAUUCUUCGACGUCGUGAGCCCAACAAGGGAACCAUUCGACAACAGAAUAGUUUCAUACAUAACAAUGUCAGGGACCUCCAUGUCCUGUCGCCAUGUCUCCGGCAUUGUCGGCCUCCUCAAAGCUCUCCACCCCGAAUGGAGCCCCGCCACCAUCAAAUCUGCCAUAAUGACCUCUACCAGAAUUAGCGACAACACAAUGAACCUCAUGCUUGACGACGGCUCCCCUAUCUUCGCUCCAGCCACCCCCUUCAUAUAUGGUUCAGGGCACAUCCGCCCCACUAGCGCCAUCCACCCUGGUCUUGUCUACGACCUUUCCCCCAACAAUUACUUGGAAUUCCUCUGUGCCAGCGGCUACAAGGAGAAGAACAUUCGAGUAUUCGCUGAUGGUUCUAUUUUGAACUUUAAUUACCCUUCCAUUGGGGUUCAGAACUUGAUUGGGAGUGUCACCAAGCGUUUUGAAGUUUGA